UGUUCAAUGAUCUGACCAAGAGCAUGCGUCAAGAUGAUGUCACUGAUAUUGUCAAAACUGAUCCAGCAAUCUGGGGUUUUGGCUGCCAUUUAAUGAACAAGGUCAUGGGUAGUAGUACUGACACAGUUGGCAAUAAGAAGACUGUCACACAACAGCUGAGGAGUCUUGGUAGGUUGAUAAAGGCAGCAAGAGAGAUGACAACUAUGAAGACAACCAAAGACCUAGUGAGCCCUGAGAAUUUCAAGGAGACCAUUAAAGUUGCCCGUCACGUAGUCGGAUUUGCCGAAACGACAUCAAAGUCCGAAAUUCCAAGUCUUAAUGGUAAAUUGGGUACUGGAUUGAACAACAUGGCAAAGUACUUAAGAGCCGAAGCACUGCAGUACUUAGAUCAUGCAGAAGCAGAGCGGUACCAUGCAUUUUCCACUAUUUAUGAUAGUCACUGGGGCGUGUACAUGGCAGGUCAUGGCAGGAGGGACCUCAGGGAGGCUAAAUUUAAUGCUCCCAAGCUAUUACCAUUUACAGAUGAUGUUAGACUUCUUCAUGUUCAUCUAGAUAAAGAGGUAACCCAAGGCAUCAAGGAAUUGAAAGAGGUGGUUUCAACAGCUAACUGGAAACAGUUGUGUGAGGCUACUUUGACAAAUGUUAUACUGUUCAACCGCCGAAGGGAAGGUGAAGUCUCAAAGAUGGAGUUGAAGUUUUUUCAGUCAAGAUCGAAAUCAGUGCCUAUUGAAGAAGUCAAACAGCACCUCACAGCCAACGAGAUGAGUAUGUUCUCACAUUUCACUCGGAUUGAACUGCCAGGAAAGCUUAGUCGAGGUGUUCCUUUACUACUAACUCCACAGACUGAAGAAGCACUUGAACUGCUGUGCAAUAGACGAGAGGAGUGUGCCGUUAAAAAAACCAACAUGUACUUGUUUGCUCGUCCAGAAAAAGACACAUAUCUCCGAGGUUCUGAUUGCAUUCGAAAAUUUUCAAAUGAAUGUGGUGCCAAAAACCCCGAAGCCCUACGCUCCACAGACCUGCGGAAACAAAUUGCAACAUUGUCGAGUGUACUGAAUCUCAAAGACGCAGACCGUGAUCAAUUGGCAAGGUACCUCGGCCACAAUAUUAGGAUCCAUGACGACUUCUACAGGCUCAAGCUGGACACCCUUCAAAUUGCCAAAGUCAGCAAGCUCCUACUCGCUAUGCAGCAGGGACGGAUUGGAGACUAUAUAGGGAUGAACCUUGGCGAGAUAGACAUCUCCCCAGACGGUACACAGCAUUUCUCUGCAUGACCCAAUUUUUUAUUAAUUAUUUUAAAGUCGCAGUCAUUUAACACUUAAAUUAACAAAACAGAUUCACCUGUAUUACCUUUUACUUUUCUUUUUCUUAAUCCCAUAGAGUCUGUACCAACACUGACGCCUGACAAGGAAGAGGUGCAAGGAGAAGACGAGAUGGGAGAAGGAGACGACAGCGAGAUCGGGGAAGGAGAAGACAGCGAGAUCAGGGGAGGAGAGGUCAUGUCAGAGACCAGACUGAGCAACACCCUGCCCCCUGAAAUCCCAACCCAAAUGGAGGUGUCAUCCAGUGGUAUUUCUUCUUCUAUAAAAGGUCGCCACACAACAACGAAGAAGCCUUGGACCAAAGAAGAAACAUCAGCUGUCGAAAGAAGCAUGAGCCGAAAAUUCAUUGAGAAGUUUGUAGUGCCAGGGAAAAAUGACUGCAUUGCCUGCAUCAAUGCAAACCCGGAAGCAUUAAAAGAGCGUGACUGGAGAGCAGUCAAAUUCCAUGUAAAGAACAAGCUCACAGCUCUCAAGAGAAAAGCCUUUAGCCAUUGACCCUGUCUGGGGGGCUUCUGUGGUAUUAACUUUUUAUUCGUCUGUGGCAGACCGUUUUAGUUUCAUUUUUUAUUUAUUUUUAUUUUUGCACAGUAGCUGGAGGAGUGUUGGGAAUCGCGCAUCAAAAAUAAUAGUGCCGUUAAGGUUUUACGUUAUAAGCGCCACAGUGCAGUCUCUCAUCCACUGCCGCUUUUUUUCACACAGUGCAAAUAGUGAAAUAUUGAAACACGUUAAGAUGAAAGCUGUCUGUCUGUUCUAACUGUUUUUCUUAGGUUGCCACAAAUCUUUGGCCAAGUCUUAUACGCCGUUGUAGGGACGAGACCCACAGACUAAACUAAAAUUUAUAAUUUGCUUGUUCAGCAAAAAAAAGAAACCAAUCAAACUGUGAUGUGCUUGUUCAGCAAAAGAAGGAAACCAUGUUGUGGUAGUUGAUAUAUCAUGUGUUGGGAGGAGACCC